UUGCCUUCCAAUUUUCCAGUCGUCGACUGGAAGUCUCUUAGGUUACAAAAUCGAGUGAAAUAAAAAACAGAAGAAAAAUGAAGUUAACUAGUUUUUUAUUAAAGCAGCAUAAUGGCUGGCUCGCGAAGCUCAAAUGGAAAUUUCAAGGAAAACGAAAUGUCUUUGACACUGGCGCAAUAACAUCGCUUCAAAAUCGAGGAAUAGCUGUAGUUGAUGCAAUUGAUUAUGUUAAGAAAAAAAAUAAUCAUGACUAUGUUCCUCGUUUACAAGAAAGUGCUUCUGAAACGAACCAGUUUUCAUCAUCUUAUCUUUUUUCUGAUUCUAAUGUUCUGGUCUAUGGGAAACAAGCACAGGUUCUGACCAAAUCAAUCAUGCUGAAUGCACUUCCAGAGAAUAUGGAAAGGAAAUUUGCAACGUUGAAAUUGCCUACAGACAUAGAAAGAUCAAUGCACCAAUCAGUACUUGUUUCUCAUUUACUUGAUGCUGAACAGAAGAAAUCUCCGAUUAGGGUGCCAUUGAGACCAAACAAACCAAAGCACAUAAUUCGUAAGGAGUACAGCAUCACUGAUAACCGAAAAAAUUCACUUAUGGCAAGCAGACUUAUAAAUCAUUGUGAGCGAUAUUUUGGACAUACUGAAUCGCUGAAAAAGAGAGUUGUUAACGAUGUUAGAUUCAUGGUUCCAAUUGUUAGAAAUGGAGAUGAUAUCCAGCUUAAUUUGAAAGCUGAAACGUUUAUAGCAUCAAAAAAGCCAAUAGAGCCUUUUAAUGUUUCUGUCAACAUUUCAGUUCCUGAUAUAUCUCCUUUAAGCCAGACUAUUUCAAUUCCCUUUGAGGAAAAUGUCGAAAAAAAGUGCUCAUACCCAAUAAAAACAAACAGUUCUUUCUCACAUCCUCAUACUGUGCUUAUACAUUAUUCGAAUCUGGAUGUAAAAAAUUUAUUCGAAGAACCUGUAACCAGUGAACAAUUUGAGAGCAGAGCGAUUAUGAAGGGAUUCACUGUUGCAGCAAGUAGAGCCAAAACUAUUUAUGGGGAUAAUGUGAAAAUAUUACAAGAACCUAUUACCGUUCAAGUUGUACAACUUGAUGGCAAGCGUAUCCAAUUUGGAAUUUUCCAAUUAAAUACUCUUGAUUUAGACGAAAUAAAUGGUCCGACUAAUUAUUGGUUUAGAAAACCUGAAAUGCUUCUGUACGAUGAGUGUAUUUAUAAAGAAGGAAGACCGCUGUUGACAAAUUACAAUUUUGAUGUUUUUAAGUUAAUGAGCAUAUUUUAUAGCAACUAGUUUGUAUAAUAGAAAUAAAAACGUGUACCAUAAAUCAUAAAAAAAUAAACGUGAAUAUUGAUUCGUGCUUUAAUCGAAUUAACGAUCAAAAUUGUUGCAAACUGUUUGUGGCAA